CUCGUGUACCCACGCGGGCCCCACAGUGCAGGGCCAGGCAGACAGCCGGCAGGCAUCCCGCGAGACUCAGCGCGGACCCAACCGCGGACCCAACCGCGGACCGCGACCGCGGGUCGCUCCAGUUCCCUCUUCUUUACAGAGGCUGGCAUGAUAAAAGUGGACGAGACCGACCCGGUGGGGGAACUGGAGCCCAGUUUCCCCUACCGAGAUGUGCAGAUCAAGCGCAACACAGACGUCAAGGAGUUCUACGACCUGCAGAGCGAGAUCGGCCGGGGCAAGUUCGGCACGGUGUACCGGUGCCGCGAGCGGGGCACGGGGCUGUCGCUGGCCGCCAAGUUCGUGUCCGUGGCGCGCAAGGAGGACCGGCGCAACGUGGAGCGCGAGGUGGACAUCAUGCGCUCGCUGCAGCACCCCCGGCUGCUGCAGCUCUACGACGCCUUCGAGUACGAGAAGAACGUCUGCCUCAUCCUGGAGCUGAUCGAGGGAGGCGAGUUGUUCGAGCGCGUCAUCGACGACGACUUCGUGCUCACCGAGAAGUCGUGCACCAUCUUCAUGAGACAAAUCUGCGAGGGAAUCCAGUUUGUCCACCAGCAGCACAUACUCCAUUUGGAUCUCAAGCCCGAGAACAUCCUCUGCCUGACGAAGACGGGCAACAGGAUCAAGAUCAUCGACUUCGGCCUGGCCAGGCGGUACGAGGUCGGCAAGAAGCUGCAAGUGCUCUUCGGCACCCCCGAGUUCGUCGCCCCCGAAGUCGUCAACUUCGACCAAAUAGGAUUCAAUACCGACAUGUGGUCGGUCGGCGUCAUCUGCUAUGUGUUGUUGUCGGGCCUGUCGCCGUUCAUGGGAGACACGGACAUCGAGACCAUGGCCAACGUCACCAUCGCCAAGUACGACUUCGAGGACGAGGUCUUCAACGACAUCUCCGAGGACGCCAAGGACUUUAUCGCCAAGCUGCUCGUCAAAGAGAAAGAGAACCGGAUGUGCGCCGAGGCGUGCCUGCACCACCGCUGGCUGCGGCGCAAGCCGGCCAAGUCGCCUCCAGCGCGCCCCAGGGCCAAGGUCCCCGAGCCGACGCCGCCAGCGCAGCCUGCGCAGCCCGCGCCCAUCGUCGUCGACAUCGUCGUCCCCGCGGACAAGCCGGAAGUCAACAACAAUGACAACAACAAGAGCGCGGUGCCGGAGGUCAACAACAACUCCGCCGUGGUGGCGGACAAGAACGCCGAGAACAAGAUCGCCGUCACGGUGGAGGAGGCCGCGGAGGCCGGCAAGCUGGCGGGCGCCAAGGACAACCUGCGCAACAUCGUGGAGCGCUGGACGGAGCACCCCGACGGCCCGUACAUCUUCGACACCGAGGCCCACACCAUCUCGCCCUGCCCGUCGCUGGCCAGCGUGCUCACCGAGCCCGACGCCAUCGCCACGGGCGCGGUGCACACGGCGGCCGAGGACGCCGCCGACGCCGCCAAGCAGGAGCCCGUCGUGAGCACGCCGACGUCGCCGACGUCGCCGACGUCGCCGACGGCCACGCUGCCGCUGCCGUACGACCGGCUGCUGGGGUCGGAGCGGCGCGCGUCGGACAGCAACUGCCUGGUGCGGCUCAAGAGCCACCACCUGGACAUCCACGACCGCAUCAACCUGGCCGACGAGAUCCGCAAGCUGUCCGAGAAGCUGUUCCGCAUGGCGUCCUGGGCGCCGCAGAGCGCCUGCAGCAGCGCCGGGGACGCCGCCAAGCCCGCCGUCAGCCCGCUGGCCGCGGCCGGCGACAACGUCGAGUCCACCACCGUCACCGAGACCAAGAAGGGCUGCACCACCACCAAGACGACCUUCAGGUCGUCGUCCACGACCGGCAGCAGCACCACCACCGUCACGUCCUCCGGCACCUCCACGCGGCGCGGCGGCGAGCGCGGCGGCAGGCUGACGGAGAACUUCACGGUGCGGGCCGUGCAGACGCAGAUCCCCACCAAGAGGUUCUGGCCCAUCGAGCCGGGCCGCAUGCCCUCCAGGGCCGAGCUGCUGGAGGACAUGACCCCCGCCGAGGAGGCGGCCGCGCUGGCCGGCAGCCUGGGCCGCAGGGACAGUCGCCGGCUGUCCAUCCCCCGCGACGGCCACGGCCUUGGCCACGGCCUUGGCGAAGGCCGAGCCCUUGGCCGCGCAGACACCCGCGAGUGCCGCGACGCCGCGGCGUUCCGGCGACUCACCCGCCGCAGCCUGUCCUCCGCGUCCGCCUCCUCCACCACGCACUCCGCGCCGCAGAGCCCGCGCUGGUCGCCCGACCCGGAGCUGCCGCCGCCGCCCACCUCGGACCUCACCAAGGACCUGGUGCUGCGGCUGCUGCACCGCCUCGACUCCGUGCCCUCCGCGACCAUGGCCACCGCCUCCCUCGCCUCGCACCGCAGCCUGCUCGACGGCCUGCACGGCCUAGCGCACUGGCAGGACGACCCCUUCUUCAAGACCGCCACCACGGCCGGCUCGCUGCUCGACAAAAAGAGGACGCUCAUCACCUCGCACAGUGGGGGGCCGUAGGCUGGGCAGCCGUGCGCGCGAGUGUGCGUGUGUGAGUGUGCGAGUGUGGUGGGCGUCGUGUCACGUUCCAGAGUUUCGAAGGCACAACGUGGUACAACCGCAGUGUCGGUGUCGCCACAUCGUCCUUGCUUUCGACGUGUUGCCCAACAGGACCCAGGGUAGAAACGGUCUCUCUCGCGCAGCCCAGGCGGUGUCAUGUGGGCUGCCUGCCUCUUCGGCGCGGCAGCGCUAGAACACCGUCGCAGUCUUUCUCGCUCCCGUACGGGACGUCUCGUAUCGUGAGUGCGAGAAUCAGAGCGACUGCAACGAAUGACUCUCGGCUCGUCGGCUGUGGCAAGUCCUUGCCACGCACAGUGGGCCAGAGGACCGGUGGAGGCGGACAAAACUCUAUACGCGUUUUGAGCUACGGAGUCGCUAAA